CAGCGCAGGCAGCAGCGGGGCUUGCCUGCACCCGCAGGGCAGGAGCCCCGGCCGGCGCUCCCCCUCCACCAUGAUCCUUUGGCUGUGGCUCUGCUGCGGCUUCCCCAUCUCGGCGGGGCAGCCCGACUCGGAGCUGAUGGCGAGGUACCUGGAGCAGAAGCUGAUGGCAGACUACAGCAUCAUGGAGCAAGUCGCACGCCGUGUCCCACGACAGGCCAAGUUCCUGCAGAGGCUGGAAACCAGGCCUCGGAUGUCUGAGUUCAGUGUGAAAUCCACAAUCAUUUCUCGCUAUGCUUUCACCACGGUGUCCUGCACCAUGGUGAACAGCGGAUCUGAGGCACGAGAGGCUGUGUUUGAGAUGCAGAUCCCUGCCCCGGCUUUCAUCUCCAACUUUACCAUGAUCAUUGGCAACAGGACUUAUUAUGGGGAGGUCACAGGCAAAGAAAAGAAACACAGCAGUGAUGACAAAGCACGGCCCAGGAAAGCUCUGAACUCCACAGAAGGAAGGGAGAAUGGCUAUGAGACAUUCAAAGCUUCUGUCUUCAUUCCUCGCAAGAUGCAGGCCAAGUUCCUACUGCAUUAUGAAGAGCUUUUGCAAAGGAGACUGGGGAAAUAUGAGUACACGGUCAGCAUCCGGCCCCAGCAGCUGGUAGGGAGGUUACGAGUGGAGGUGAACAUCCUGGAGAAGUCAGGAAUAGUCUCACUGGAAGUGCCUCCCCUGCGGAACAGCAAGCACAAAGGCAAUGGGAAAGUUGAAGGUGAUGUUUCUCCUCCUCCUUCUACUGUAAUUGGACAUACGAAAACCUUGGCUAAAGUGACAUUCAAUCCCAGUGUUGUUGAGCAAACCAGGAUCGCCCGAAAUGGCAUUUUGGGAGACUUCAUCAUUAGAUACGAUGUCAACAGGGAGCUGAGUGUUGGGGACGUUCAGAUUCUUAAUGGGUAUUUCGUGCACUACUUCGCCCCCACAGAUCUUCCUCCAUUGCCCAAGAACGUUGUAUUUGUGCUUGACAGCAGUGCUUCCAUGGUGGGAACGAAACUGAAACAGACCAAAGAAGCUCUCUUCACAAUCCUCCAGGACCUAAGGCCUGAAGACCACUUCAAUAUCAUUGGCUUUUCCAACCGAAUAAAGGUCUGGCAGCAAGACCGGCUGGUGCCAGUUACUCCAAAUAACAUAAGAGAUGCCAAAAAGUACAUUCAUAACAUGUCACCUACUGGAGGGACUAAUAUUAAUGGUGCUCUCCAGACUGGUGCAAAGCUGCUGAAUGACUACAUUGCUCAGAAUGACAUUGACGCCAGGAGUGUCUCUCUGAUCAUCUUCCUCACGGAUGGGAGGCCCACUGUUGGGGAAACACAGUCAUUAAAAAUCCUCAGCAACACCAAGGAUGCCAUCCGCGAUAAAUUCUGCCUCUUCACCAUCGGUAUCGGCAAUGACGUGGACCACAAGCUGCUGGAGAGGAUGGCACUGGAGAACUGCGGCAUGACACGGCAUUUCCAGGAGGAUGAGGAUGCAGCCAGCCACCUCAAAGGGUUCUAUGAUGAAAUAGGAACUCCUCUUCUCUCCGAUAUCCGUGUUGACUACCCUGAAGACAACGUGGAGCAAGUCACCCAGAACUUCUUCCCUAACUACUUUAAUGGCUCUGAAAUCAUCAUAGCUGGCAAACUCAUCAACCGCACCUCAGAUAGUCUCCAUGUGGAGGUGACUGCUAGCAACUCCAAGAAGUACAUCCUCCUCAAGAAAGAUGUGGCUAUUGACCUGCCAAGCAGGAAUGAUAUCAGAGGUGUCCCUGGCUUGGAAGAUGACAAAGGUGAUAUAAAUUACAUU